AUGUUUCUUCGUCGGGUUGCUUCGACUUUGCCUCUGUCAACGAGGUUCUUUUGCAGUACUGCUAACCGUGAUUUUACCAAUGCUAUUGCAGAACUCAAUAAGGAAAUGGAAUACAUAUUUGGUGAACCCCCUCCAUCCAGUCUUUCAGGUUCUGUUAACAACCAAAAUACUACACAAGCGUCUAAACCUGUCCCACAAGAAAUGACAAAAAAUGACUCAUCGUCAUCUAGGUUGACUCAUGUUGGCAGCACAGGUGAGGCACAAAUGGUAGAUGUCUCUUGUAAAGAAGUUAGUAAUAGAGUAGCCAUUGCAAGUUGCAAGGUUAUUUUGGGCAGGAAGGUGUUUGAUCUGGUUUCAACCAAUGAGAUGGAAAAAGGAGAUGUUCUUGGUGUGGCUAAGAUAGCUGGAAUUUGUGGGGCAAAGCAGACAAGCAGCCUCAUCCCACUCUGCCACAAUAUCAACUUAACACAUAUUCGAGUGGAUUUGAAGUUGGAUCCUCAAGACUUCAGUGUUGAAAUAGAAGGGGAGGCUGCCACAGCUGGGAAAACCGGGGUUGAGAUGGAGGCUUUAACAGCAGUCACUGUUGCUGGCCUAACAAUAUAUGAUAUGUGCAAGGCAGCUUCAAAAGAUAUCCAGAUUACCGAUGGUUUGAUACAAUGGAAAGUUAAAGAUGAUCUUCCCUAUGAUAAUGCUGUUAUACCAAGUCAAACGAUAAGCUGGAAUGUGGUAAAUGACAUCGAUUACUUCUAA